AUGGCAUUACGAACAACUGUUAAUCGACAAGAUCAUAAGCAUAAUAAAAAUUAUCAAAAUCAUAUACAUGAAUAUGAUGAAGAAAUUGAUGAAACAGAAGAUAAUCUUAUUGAAAAUUAUCUUUAUCUUACAAAACAUUGUGGUGUUUUACGUCAUUCACCAACAACAAGUAUUUUAGAUACAAUACAACAACAACAACAACAACAUCAACAAACAAAUCAUUCGAUUUUUUCACGACAAUAUUCAUGGACAACAAAAAAUCAUCAUAUGGAUUAUGAACGUUCAUUUCAUUUACCGAAAUCUUGUUCAUCAUUGAAUGAUUUUAAUAAUAAUUAUCAUUCAGAAGAUUAUUCAAUAGUGAGUCGUAUACCACCAACAAUUUAUUAUAAUAAUAAAGAUGAUGAUUAUGAUGAUGGAUCAUUUUCUUUAGUAAAACUUUUUGCACGUAUGAAAACACGUUUUAAACAUGAUCGACGUUAUAAACCAAAAUCUAAUCAUGAAAUACUUCAUGAAGAAGAUUCACAUGAAUGGUUUGAACUAACCAAAAAUAUUCGUAAUGUUUUAACAAAAGCUCUUUUACCCGAUGGCGGUUACGAUGCUUUAGUACGUCGAAAAAGUACAAAUCAUAAUCGUCGACAUUCACAGAAAAAAGCUCAUGAUUGUAAUCCUGUUUUAUCGAAAGACAUUGAAGAUGAUGAAGAUAAAAUUAAUAUUGAUAUUGAUGAUGAAUUAAAUACUGAAGGCAAUGAAGAAUUCGAUCAAAUAAUAUGGAAUAAAUUUUUAACAUGUUCACGUGGAUUUAAUUAUAGACGAUGUGGUGUUUGUAAAACUAUAGAUCGACAACAAUGUCAAGGACAAUUAGUUUAUAUUUAUGGUGUUGCUAAUAAUAUUUUAAUUGAUGAAAAUUUGAAAGCUUCGGGAUUGGGUUAG